ACGUCAAUGUCAAACACACGUUUUGGAAAUUCAGAGUACGAAUUUUGUGGUUAGAAUUUACUAAAUUAUCUUUUAUCAUGAAGUUUAAGCAAAAGAAAACAUCAAAAACGACUUUGUCGGAGAAAAUAGCCAAUGCUUUAACGUUAAAACCUCGUGCAGAUAUAGAAGAUGACCAAGUAUUCGGUACUAAACCCCACACAGUUUCACGUGCUGAUUUUAGUUCUUCAGACAGCAAGGAUGAAACAGCUAUCAGUGAUUUUCGUAAGAGAAACGUUAAUUUACUCAGUGACAUAAGUAAAAAGUACGAGGGCCAAGUAAUUUCUCGUAAAGAACUGGAGAACUCGGAUGAAAGUUCUGAUGAUAGCGAAUCCGAAGGUAAACAAAACAACAAUUUUCACGAUAAUUCAGAUGAAAGUGAAGAAGAGAGCGAGUUAGAAGACACAAAAGACUCAAAUCUAAUCAAGAAAUUCAUUCAACUGACCAAAGCAGAUGACAGUGAUGAUUCGGAUGAGAAGCACACUAAAAGUACCACACAGAAGAAAAGUAAAAAGCCCACAAGUAAGCAGGAACUUGAAUCAGACUCGGGCGAUAACUCUGAAAGUGAUGAGGAGAGUGAUGACUAUGGAAUAACUCAAUUCAAGAAGCAAUUAGAAAAUGAUGAUUCAGAUGAGCAAAGUGAAGAUGAUGAUGAGGGCGAUGAGGAUGACGAUGAUGAGGAAGGUUACGACAUAAGCCAAAUGGAUGAACCUCCCAAAGAGGAAUUUGAGCAUGUAAAAAAGCAAAAUGUAUCUGAAGAAGCCAAAAAAGGUGCCUGCGUUAGGAACCAGUUGCUCGUCUGGGAAGGCCUUCUGGAGAUGAGAAUACACCUCCAAAGGUGCAUGACCACCGCCAACCAAAUGCCAAUGCCUGAUACAUAUGAUAGUCUUAAAGGAAAUAAUGAAUUUAUUGAAGAAUGUAAUGCUACAAAGUCGAACAUUACAAGUGUUUUGGACAAAUUUCUAACACUGCAAAAUUUAUUGUUCAAGAAUUUUCCUGAAACAAAGAAUUUAUCAUCUAAACAAAAAUCAACAGAGGUCAAGGAACAGUCUAAAGAAGAAAGUGAUGAAGAAAUACCAAGUGACACUGACAAUGAGGAGAUACCUUCAGAUACUGAACCUGAAGAUAAUGGGGAGCAAGAAGAGAAAUCACCUAAAAAGAACAAUAAGCAACUCAACCAAGCAGCAGCCAAGAAACGGAAAUUGGAAGAUUAUGAAAAAGAAAUUGCUACUUCUCAUAAAGCAUUCAAAUCCUUCAGAGACUCUACAAUACAAAAAUGGAAUGACAAAACUAGGCUGGCUACAGCUUCUAAUGUUAAAAAUACUCCUACAAACACAGUCUUGCAGCAGAUAUCUUAUAUUUUGUCUGAUAGAGACAAGUUGAUCAAAAGAACACAGUUGAAAAGAUCUGAAUAUGAUAUUGUGGGUUAUGAAAAACCUUCAAUAGAAGAGAAUGGGGAGAAAAAUGGCACAGAUGUAAAUACUGGAAUGAGGGAUAGGAAAGACAAUGAUGAAUAUAUCCCAGAAAUAUUUGAUGACAGUGACUUUUAUCAUCAGUUGCUAAGAGAGUUAAUUGAAUGCAAGUCAGCUGAUAUUUCUGACCCGGUGCAGUUGAGUCGGCAGUGGAUAGCAUUGCAGCAAAUGAGGAGUAAGAUGAAAAGGAAAGUAGACACAAAAGCUACUAAAGGUAGAAAAAUCAAGUAUGUGGUACAUAACCAGCUUGUCAAUUAUAUGGCCCCAGAAAAAUGUACCACAUGGACGGAUGAGAGCACCAAUGAGCUGUAUAGUUCUCUAUUCGGAAAGAUGUUUGAGCAAAAUAAUGUAGGACUUAAUGACAAUUUAAGCAAUGUAUUUAAAAUUAAAUAAUUUAUUAAAACAA